CUGACUUUGCCACAGGUUGAUCCCUGCAGCUUUAGAUCCAGGGAUAAAUAGGAAGCUUGAGAGAAGUUACCUGUGUGUCAAGAAGCAAAUUUUCAUAGACUUGUGGUUAGCAGAGAACGGAAAGAAAUAUUUAGGAGCCAACUUGGUCUGGUGUAAUCCCCCCCCCCCCACUGCUGCUGUGGACUUUACAACCUUGGGCAAUUGAGUGACAUCAGCUGGAUUGUGCAAGAAUUUUCUACAACUUGUGAAAAGAGUUUUUGUAUCAGAAGAAGCUUUUUCACUGCAAAGAGAACAGCGCCACCCCCAGGAGAAUCUUCCUCUACGUAGUGCCUGCAAGCUUCUGAUCCUUCGAGCAUGAUAAUAGACAUGUUCCUCUUAGCUGCCAUCAUUGGUCUCUUGACCUACUGGUUUUUCUUCCGCAAGAAAAAAGAGGAGGUCCCAGACUUCGCCACUAUCCACCCAACAACAUCAGCAUCGACCACUGAGAGCAGCUUUAUUGAAAAAAUGAAGAAGACGGGAAGAAACAUUGUGGUGUUCUAUGGCUCUCAGACAGGGACUGGUGAAGAGUUCGCCAACCGCCUGGCCAAAGAUGCCCAUCGGUACGGCAUGCGGGGCAUGUCUGCCGACCCAGAGGAGUACGACUUGUCUGACCUGAGUCGCCUCACUGAGAUAGAGAAGUCGCUGGCGGUUUUCUGCAUGGCCACCUACGGGGAAGGAGACCCCACGGACAAUGCCCAAGACUUCUACGAUUGGCUGCAGGAGACAAGCGCCAACCUUUCAGGCAUCAAAUAUGCAGUAUUUGGACUUGGAAAUAAAACAUAUGAACAUUUCAACGCCAUGGGGAAAUAUGUGGACAAGCGACUGGAGGAGCUCGGUGCCCAGCGGAUCUUUGAGCUCGGCCUAGGGGACGAUGAUGGGAACCUGGAAGAAGAUUUCAUCACAUGGCGUGAGCAGUUCUGGCCAGCAGUGUGUGAGCACUUUGGAGUGGAGGCCACGGGAGAUGAAUCCAGCAUACGUCAGUAUGAGCUGGUGAUCCACAAAGACAUCAACGCGAACAAGGUUUACACUGGAGAAAUGGGCCGUCUCAAGAGCUACGAGAAUCAGAAGCCGCCAUUUGAUGCCAAAAACCCCUUCUUGGCCCCCGUUACGAUAAACCGGAAGCUAAAUCAAGGUGGAGAGCGGCACCUGAUGCACCUGGAGCUGGACAUCACCGGUUCCAAAAUCCGGUAUGAAUCUGGAGACCACAUUGCUGUGUACCCAGCCAACGAUACUUCACUAGUGAACCAGCUUGGCGAAAUCCUUGGAGCCGAUCUGGAUAUGGUCAUCUCCCUGAACAAUCUGGAUGAGGAAUCCAACAAGAAGCACCCGUUCCCUUGCCCCACCUCCUACCGGUCCGCUCUGACCUACUACUUGGACAUCACCAACCCGCCACGCACCAACGUCCUCUACGAGCUGGCGCAGUAUGCCACGGAUGCCAACGAGCAGGAGAAACUGCGCAAGAUGGCCUCCUCCUCUGCCGAAGGCAAGUCGCUGUACCUCAGUUGGGUCGUCGAGGCCCGAAGGAACAUCUUGGCCAUCCUGCAAGACACUCCCUCGCUGCGCCCUCCGAUCGAUCACCUGUGUGAACUGCUGCCCCGCUUGCAGGCUCGCUACUACUCCAUUGCUUCAACCUCCAAGGUGCAACCAAACUCCAUCCACAUCUGUGCUGUGGUGGUAGAGUACAAAACCAAGACGGAACGAGUCAACAAAGGCGUGGCUACCACCUGGCUGAAGAACAAGCAGCCCAACGAGAACGGGCACAAAUCCACAGUGCCCCUGUAUGUCCGGAAAUCACAGUUCCGGCUGCCCUUCAAAUCCACCACACCCAUCAUUAUGAUUGGGCCAGGCACCGGCAUCGCACCCUUCGUUGGUUUCAUCCAAGAGCGGGGUUGGCUCAAGCAGCAAGGCAAGGAGGUGGGUGAGACGGUGCUCUACUUCGGCUGCCGGCACGAGAAAGAGGAUUACAUCUACAAGGACGAACUGGCCAAGUUCCUCAAGGAGGGAGCCUUGACUCAGCUCCAUGUGGCCUUCUCAAGAGACCAGCCUCAGAAGAUUUACGUUCAGCAUCUACUGAAGAAAAACAAGGAGAAUGUUUGGAAACUGAUCCAUGAAGGAAACUGCCAUAUAUACGUGUGCGGAGAUGCCCGCAACAUGGCCCGGGACGUCCAGAAUGCCUUCUACGAGAUCGUGGCCGAGUACGGCAAGAUGGACCAGCAGCAGGCUGUGGACUACAUCAAGAAACUGAUGACCAAAGGCCGCUAUUCCUUGGAUGUCUGGAGUUAAGGGGGUGGGCAGGGCUGCCUGGGUGGAAGAAGGGCUGCCAGGUUGGCUGGGUGGAGGGCAGGUGGCGGGGAGGGGGGGAACUCGCCUGGCUGCUGCUGUGAGACUGUGCCUUCCUCUGCAUUCUUUCCACCUCCGCCCCCCCGCCAACGGUGGGGCAGGGUGUGGCGUGUUCACGGGACUGACCUUGAAGCUAGACAAGGCCGCACCAACUCUCCUGGCGCACCUGCAAACAUCAGCGGCUUUCUCUCUGUCUCGCCCUUAGGGCUGCUGCUGGGAGGCUGGGGGGGGGACACCUGUGGACUGGACUGCCCCUCUCGUCCUCACUCGGCCAUCCAAUUCUCUCUCCCCCACUGGAACACCAUUCCCAGAUAUCUCUGCUUCAGCGGGAGCCGAGUAAGCAAGGCCCUUCUCGGUUUGGGGGAGGGGAGGGACCUUAGCGGGGUAUAAUACCAUAGAAUCUGCCCUCCAAGGCAGCCAUUUUCUCCAGGGGAACUGAUCGGGGCAAUCUGCAGAUCAGUUUUAAUUCUGGGAGGUCUCUGAGGCCCACCUGGAGUAAGCAAGGCCCUGUGAAACAGGUUGGGGGCAUUCGAUCCCGCAUCCCCUCCCUCAGCCGUCUUCUGGAACAGGCAGUUUCCGGGGGGGGGGGGCGCUGGGGUGCCAUUCUGUUGCUCUGCUGCUCUUGGGAAAGCAGGAAGGGAAAGGGCGGAUUAAAAUUCCUGGUGGAGGGGAGGUUACAGAGCAGGCGGCAGGCAGGUUAAUUCCAGAACUCGAAAACGUGAGGGGGGCAGGAGGAGAAGUUUGCAUAAAGAAACCAGGGCCUCAGCUUCAGCGGUAGAGGAUGGUGUGAGCAAGGUGGUAGGUUUGUGAGAGGGGCAGGGGUGGAGAAAGGAGCUUCCCCCCCCGUCCCUGCAGCUGUUUACACUGGUGGGACCAGCCGGCUUACCAUCCUGUGCAGAAACCGGAACCUUUGCUUCUCCUACAAAAACCAGCCCACUUUACUGUUCUUUCAGCAGAGGCUCACGGCAACAGAGCUGCCUCCCCCUCUCACUGGGCCAGACUUUUUUAGCUUUGGAGCUGAUUGGGUGGGAGAACCAGCCAUUUGGCCCACAUCCUGGGCUAUCCUGUUCUCAAACCCCCGGAAACAUUGGAUCAGCCCUGCCGGAUCAGACCAGCGGCCCAUCUAGUCCAGCGCCCUGUUCUAUGCAGGCCAAGGCCUUCCCCACUGGUGCCUGCUGUUUGGAGGUUGACUGCCUCUGGCUGGGGAGGUUCCCUUUUCUGGUCUGGUCUUGUCGCGUAGGGCCCUGUUCGAUUGCUAGCUCACUUCUGAAUCAAGUCUCGGACGGUAGAAUUUCCUUCUCCCAGCGUAGUCCAUGUUCCCUUACUGUGUAAGAUUAAAUCCUCACCUGCUUGGGUGCCUGCAGUGGGUGACGCUGAAUCGAUGUGGCACUUUGACCUAGACGAAAGGAACCCCCCCCCAGCUGCCUUCCUUUGGAGAACCAUUCCAGUCUCUACUCACCUUCUGAAUGCUGACCUGCCCCCCCCCCCCGUCCAACUCCGAGGAGGGCUGCCUCCACAGGAUGUGCGUGUGGCUCUCUGCAACUUGGGAGUUCCACAGGGGGGGAUUUGUCCGUCAUUCAAAUCACACGGCUGCUCGCCACAUCUCGCACCUCCACUUAACGGUUAACAUUGAAGCUGCUGGCAGAUGUUCCACUGUGCCCCCACCCCCAAAUAAAUCUGGUGCAUUUGGGAGGCGGCAGAGCAGAUUGUCCAUUGAAUGUACAUAAUUUAAAGUUGACUUUUUGCUCUUGGAAUAAAACCCCUGUAUCUUUUA